CGGGGCGCCGGGAGCCCGGCCUGGCCCUUUAAACCUGCCGCGGCGGCGGGGCCGUGCCGGUGCGGGACACGUGAGGCGGCCGCGGCGUGCGGCGGCGGCGCUACCCGGCUGCCGUGCUGCUCGUGUUUUCUCUGGCCGGCCGCCAGCCCCCGCUCGCUGGGUUUUCGGUUUUUCGUCCUGCCUCCUCCUCCUCCUUCCCCCCCCGCACCCGCCCCUCUCCUUUCGCACAGCCCCCUCCUGGUUUUUCCACCCGCGGGUAAAGGUGGAUUUUCUUUUCUUUUCCUUUUUUUUUUUUUUUUAAGCCCUCAUCCUAGUUGAGUCCGUGGGCAGGACUCGCAUAAUAAUAUUUCCAGUCGCAGCAGCUCCCAUCACAGACACGAACCCAGCACCGCCCCCCCCCCCCCCCCCUUCCCCAAUCUCCCAAAUCGUUUUAUUAUUUUUUAAAUGAUCGCUCUUUUUGCCCGCUGCUGCCGAAAUCCCGGUCUUCCCAGGGUGCAUGCUUCUGGCAGGACCGUGCAGUGUUCUCAGUGCAUUUUCAGUGUGUCUUAUCUUAAUUUGUCCUGAUCCGAUCUAAGCGCGAUAGCCACCACUUGCUAUCAAUUUGUAGGAUCUUUCUUCCCCUUCUUGGUUUGCUCCCGACUACCCUCGGAGUGUUUCCCUCUCUUCUUGCAUUUCCAGGGUUGCAAUUUACUCUGCCUUUUCUUCUUCUAUUUUUUUUUUAAACCUCCCCUUUUUUGAAUUGCUUCAUGUUACUUACUAACCAUUCCUAAAUUGUAAGAGAGAUUCAUUCCCCCUCCUCUUCCACCACCACCAGCACCACUACCACCAUCACCUCCUCCUCCUCCUCCUCCCCUUCUCUUCUCCUUUUUGGCAGCACCAGGACGUCCGGUGUGGUGGUGGCAGCGAGCAGCAAAAGCAGCAAGAGCUCGUUUUGAUUCCCCCCCCUUCCAAGGUGCUUUGGAGAGACUGGUUUAAGGCUGAGCAGCAGAAGUCACGAUGAGUGCACAAGGUGAGGGACCCGGUCAGCCUUCCACUGCUGCCCAGGAGCAACCUGCAACCGCAGAGCCUCAGAAGAGAGGACGAGGCAGACCCAGGAAGCAACCACAAGAACCAACUGGUGAACCAUCUCCUAAAAGACCAAGAGGAAGACCCAAAGGGAGCAAAAACAAGAGUCCCUCUAAAGCAGCUCAGAAGAAAGCAGAAGCCACUGGUGAAAAGCGACCUAGAGGCCGGCCCAGAAAAUGGAGAGUGCAGCGAAGAAUUGGACCCACAACAUAUGAUUUAAACUGCUGCUGACAUCAAGCUUGGCCCAUGCAGCGCUAGCGCCAAGGCUGAGUUUGGGUGGCAGCACAUCAGCACCAUGAAUGACUUAUGAAGGAAACAGAAUUUUUAAGGGGCAUUUUCAUACUUGGCUCAGGUGAAAAGUAGAGAAUAUUAUUAACGCGGAUGGAAAUGUCCAUGCCCCGUGAAGUGCAGUGUUAUCUUUGCUAAUCUCAGAUAUAUUUGUAUUUGAGUGUGGAUUUUCUCCUUUGCACAGAGGUUCUAGUUGGUCUGUCAAUGAAGUCAUAACCCCACUAUUGACAUCAUAGUCUGUUAUCAUGGAAACUACUACGAUCUCACAAAUAAAGUUUUAUAGCAGUCUGUGAAUGAUGGGAAAAUGAGCUGUAUGAGAGGAAGUUGCUGUUUAAACUCAAAUCAAUGGUAAUUAUCACAACUAGAGAAAGUAUUAAGACAUAGUUCUGUAGGGCCAAACUGAUUCUUGGUGUAGUACUGCUGAAGGCACUUUGAGUUACCCCAAGGGAGAAACUUACCCCCUGUGUCUGGAAUGACUUGAUGGCAAACAUGUGAAGAGGAAGUGAAUUUAUGCUCCAGUUUAAUAUAUUGGAAAGUUUUCCCUCAUCUGAAAGUCUUUCUUUAUCUCUGAAUUUCCUGGCUUUUGUGGAUUUAUAUUAGAUCCUUAGUGUUAUUUCAAUGUAUUUUUUCUGGUGUUACAUGUCUUUUGGGUUGUUUUUACUGGGGUUAUAAUAUAUAUGUAUUUAAUGAAAGUAAAAGCAAUCUUCCGUUGAGGAGGUCACAAAACUUUCAUGAACACUAUGUAGCUACCAAGUGCGAGACAUCUCUUCAUUUCAGAUCUAUGGUUGUUGCUUGUGUAGCUAAAGCACUCGUUUUAAUGAAAAGAUGCAAGUCACUCUUGAAGAACAUUUUAGCAUGUUUUCCAA